GGCGCGGCCCCGGCCCCGCGGCCCCAUGGCCCGGCCCGGCGCGCUGCUGCUGUGCUGCCUGCUGCUGGCCCGGGGCGCGCGCGGCCCCACCCCAGAGUCGCGCCUCUCCCAGCAGCUCCCCGAAGACUAUGGCACCACGGUGCCCUGCAGCACCGACUCCCGGGGACGCUUCCUCUCCCACGUGGUGUCCAGGCCGGCCACGGGCUCUGCGGGGUCCCCAGCAACCCUGGCCCGCACCGGCCGCCUCCGAGUGGCCCGCAGCCCCCUCCAGCCCGGCCAUGGGGGGCGCUUCCCUCUGUUCUUCAAUGUGACGGUUUUUGGGGAGCAGCUGCACCUGCGCGUGAGCCCCAACCAGCGGCUGGUGGUACCUGGUGCCUCGGUGGAGUGGCAGGAGGAUUUUCGGGAGCUGUUCCGGCAGCCUUUGCGGCAGGAGUGCGUCUACACCGGCGGCAUCACGGGGAUGCCGGGGGCAGCUGUCGCCAUCAGCAACUGUGACGGGCUGGCGGGCCUCAUCCGCACGAACAGCACUGACUACUUCAUCGAGCCCCUGGAGCGUGGGCAGCAGGCCUCGGAGGCCGGCGGGAGGACGCACGUGGUGUACCGCAGGGCUGCGGGCCCGCGCGAGUGGGCAGAGCUGCACAGGGACCUGCACAAUGAAGCCUUCGGCCUGGGCGAUCUCCCCAAUCUCCUGGGCCUGGUGGGGGCGCAGCUGGGCGACGUGGAGCGGAGGCGGCGGCACGCCAGGCCGGGCAGCUACAGCAUCGAGGUGCUGCUGGUGGUGGACGAUUCGGUGGUGCGUUUCCACGGCAGGGAGCACGUGCAGAACUACGUCCUCACCCUCAUGAGCAUCGUAGAUGAGAUUUACCACGACGAGUCCCUGGGGGCCCAUAUCAACAUCGCCCUGGUCCGCCUGAUCAUGGUGGGCUACCGACAGUCCCUGAGCCUGAUCGAGCGCGGGAACCCCUCCCGCAGCCUGGAGCAGGUGUGUCGCUGGGCUCACUCCCAGCAGCGCCAGGACCCCCGCCACGCCGAGCACCACGACCACGUGGUCUUCCUCACGCGGCAGAACUUCGGGCCCUCAGGGUACGCGCCCGUCACGGGCAUGUGCCACCCCCUGCGGAGCUGCGCCCUCAACCACGAGGACGGCUUCUCCUCAGCCUUCGUGGUGGCCCACGAGACCGGCCACGUGCUUGGCAUGGAGCACGACGGGCAGGGCAACGGCUGCUCCGACGAGACCAGCCUGGGCAGCGUCAUGGCGCCCUUGGUGCAGGCCGCCCUCCACCGCUUCCACUGGUCGCGCUGCAGCCGGCUGGAGCUCAGCCGCUACCUCCCCUCCUACGACUGCCUCCUCGAUGACCCCUUUGAGCCCUCCUGGCCUCGGCCCCCCGAGAUGCCUGGCACCGAUUACUCGAUGGACGAGCAGUGCCGCUUCGAUUUCGGCUCGGGGUACCACACCUGCUCUGCGUUCCGGACCUUUGAGCCCUGUAAGCAGCUGUGGUGCAGUCACCCCGACAACCCAUACUUCUGCAAGACCAAGAAGGGGCCCCCGCUGGACGGCACCGAGUGCGAACCAGGCAAGUGGUGCUUCAAAGGUCACUGCAUCUGGAAGUCGCCGGAGCAGGCGUACGGCCUGGACGGCGGCUGGAGCUCCUGGAACAGCUUUGGGUCUUGCUCUCGCUCCUGCGGGGGCGGGGUGCGGUCCCGCAGCCGGAGCUGCGACAAUCCUCUCCCAGCCUACGGAGGCCGCCUGUGUGCGGGCCCCAUGUUCCAGUACCAGGUCUGCAACAGCGACGAGUGUCCGGGGCCCUACGAGGACUUCCGGGCCCAGCAGUGCGCCAAGCGCGACUCCUACUAUGUCCACAAGGGCGCCAGGCACCGCUGGCUGCCCUUUGAGCCCGAGGACGACACCCAGAAGUGUGAGCUGAUCUGCCAGUCAGAGGACACCCGGGACAUCGUCUUCAUGGACCAGGUGGUGCACGACGGCACCCGCUGCAGCUACCGAGACCCCUACAGCGUCUGUGCCCGAGGGGAGUGUGUGCCUGUCGGCUGUGACAAGGAGGUGGGGUCCAUGAAGGCAGACGACAAGUGCGGGGUCUGUGGCGGCGACAACUCCCACUGCAGGAGUGUGAAGGGGACGCUGGGCAAGGCGUCCAAGCAGGCAGGAGCCUCCCAGCUGGUGCAGAUCCCGGCGGGCGCCAGGCACAUCCAGGUGGAGCUUCUGGAGAAGCCCCCCCACCAUAUUGCGGUGAAGAACCAGGUGACAGGAAGCUUCGUCCUCAACCCCAAGGGCAAGGAGGCCACCGGCCGGACCGAGAUCGCCAUGGGCCUACAGUGGGAGUACGUGGUGCGGGACGGCCAGGAGAGCCUCAGGACCAGCGGGCCCCUGCCGGAAGCCAUUGCCGUCCUGGUGCUGCCCCCAACCGAGGGUGGCCCCCGCCGUGGCCUGGCCUACAAAUACGUCAUCCACGAGGACCUGCUGCCGCUUAUUGGGGGCAACAACGUGCUCCUGGAGGAGACGGACACGUACGAGUGGGCACUCAAGAGCUGGGCCCCCUGCACCAAGACCUGCGGAGGAGGUGUCCAGUUCACCAAAUAUGGCUGCCGGCGUCGCCGAGACCACCACAUGGUGCGGCGGCCUCUGUGUGACAUUAGGAAGCGGCCAGAGCCCAUCCGCCGGCGCUGCAACCAGCACCCGUGUGCCCAGCCCUCGUGGGUGACGGGGGAGUGGAGCCCCUGCAGCCGAAGCUGCGGCAAGCUGGGGGUGCAGACGCGGGGGGUGCAGUGUCUGCUGCCCCUCUCCAACGGGACCCUCAAGGCCGUGCCCGCCAAGGCCUGCCCCAGGGAGCGGCCAGAGGCCCGGCGGCCCUGCCUCCGCGUGCCCUGCCCCCCGCAGUGGCGCCUGGGAGCCUGGUCGCAGUGCUCUGCCUCCUGCGGACAGGGCAUCCAGCAGCGGCAAGUGGUGUGCCGGGCCAGCACCAACAGCGUUGGGCAGUGUGACGGUGACAGGCCAGGCACCGUCCAGAUCUGCAGCCUGCCCCCCUGUGCAGGAAGUGUCCAGAACGCCACAGCGAAGGCUGACAGCCGGGAGCUUGAGAGCCCAGAGGGGCCACCAUCUGGGGCCCUGCAUCCUGCCGACAAGAUGCCACCAGCCGAGCCCUGCGUGGGGGACCGGUCAGUCUUCUGCGGCGUGGACGUGCUCGGCCGCUACUGCUCCAUCGCCGGCUACCGCCGACUGUGCUGUGAGACCUGCGCCAGGCGGGCCCUGGACCCCGAACCCGGCCCCCCGACCCCCAGCCGGACCCCGCCGCCUGCCCUCUCCUCUGCUGGGAGCCCCCGGCCCGGACCCACGACCCCGCCAGACAUCGCCGAGCGCACCGAGGGGACCGCGGGGUCCGACGACCCCCCGCACACGCCUCUCCCAGGAGCCCUGGACCUGAGCUCGCCCGCGACCCAGAGGCCGGGCCCCGCUGUGCCCGGGAGCACUUCCUGCAGCCCCACGAGGGCACCGCUCUGGACUACCCCCGAGUCCUCGUUGCCCGCCUCCCAGGGCCAGGACCCCGAGAACCCGGGUACCAGCUUUCCCGCCACCACCCCGGUGACAUGAGCCCCACCCUCGCCCCCGACGUCAGGUUUACGCUGUGGGGUGGCUGCCCCAGACCCCGCAGUGGGAACCCCUGCCACCCUCCCUCCCGGCUAUUUGCCUGCUCAGCCCCUUGGGGGUUUCGACCCCUUUCCCCUGCCGAGUGGGCCUUGGGGGAGGAGGUUGGGGUGCCCAGCACUGCAGCCAGGCUGUUGGGGGGCUCCUGCCUAUCUGGCCUUCAGAGGGAGGCUCUGCAGACGCGCCUCCCUCCCCCCUGCAGCCUGACCAGAGCUGUGGAAUCUGCUGAGGGUCCCUCGGGUUGAGUGAGGGGAGAGGAUGUGGAGGGCUGGGUUGGCUGGGGGCACAGUCCAGGCCCAAGGGGGCUGCCAUUGCCGUCUCAGCCGUCACAGGUCCCACGUGGUGCUCCUGGGACCCCUCCUCCAGCCUCAGCACACCACAGGGAAGGGGUGUCAGCCUCGGCCAGGAGGGCCCCAGCACGGGCCAGGCCUGAAAGAGUGACUUUGGGCACCGGUGCUGACCCAUAGGGGCCGGCCGGGCAGGGGACCCGGAGGGCUGCUCUGCUCUCAGACUGCACCCCAAUGCUCAGCCCUGCUCAAGAUCACCCGCUGGAGGUGGGGGUCCCCUCCCACCUGACUGUGGCCGACCCAGAGGCUUGGGGCACUGGUUGGGGCUGGGACAGGCCCCCUGAUUAAGAACUAGACCUUGGGGCCCCGCCUGGGGGUAAGACACUGAGGCCCUGUGAGGUCGGGGACAGUGUCUUUGGGUCUCAGUGACCGCCCUGGGAAGGAACUUUCCUAGACACUAUGUGGAGCAUUCAGGAUGUGGCCCGGCUCCACGGGGGUUUCCGAGACUCCCCACUCUGGGCCCUGCAGUGGGUUCCCAGACUAUGCUGGGUGAGGGGUGCUUUCCCGUUUCUCCCUCCCUCGGGGCGGGGUGGAGGGGUGUUCUGAGCCAGCCCCCCCACCCAGGGAAGAGAGGGUGCAGAGCUGCUCCUGGGUGCCCGUCUCACUGAAGCCCUGCUCCUCUGGGUGCUGGCUCCACACUGGGGGCUCCCACAGGCUGGCCCAGCCCGCCACGGAGGGCCACCAACUCUCGUGCCUUAUGUUGUUACGUAUUUAUUAACAUUGUCCUUGGUGUUUUAUUUUGAACCCCAAAAUAUUGUGUUGUGGUUUCCUUCCUAUUUAAAAACAAU